AUGUCUAAUGUACCUGACCAUGGGGUCCCCACCACGGAUUCUGAGGAUAAAGAGAGUUGGACCAGAUCCCGAUCCGCCCAGAUAGCUCGACCCUCACUGGCGGUAGUAAGCAUCAGGGUCCAAUGGUGCAAACACAUCACGCCAGAAAGUGGAGCAUGCCAAUCUGGGAUCUUGAAUGUUGCUGCGUCCAGUAGCCUUGAAAAAGGCUGUGGUAAUCUUAAAGAGAUAGCACUCUAA